AUGCCUGUUGUUGUAUCUUCUGACGGGAAUGCUCCGGCUUUCAAAGCCAAGAUGACUGUCUAUGUCUUUGUCUGUGUUGUAAUUGCCGCUUUCGGCGGUUUGAUCUUUGGUUACGACAUCGGAAUUUCCGGUGGAGUUACGGCGAUGGAUGAUUUCUUGAAGAAGUUUUUCCCCACGGUGUGGGAGAAGAAGCAGCACGUUCAUGAGAACAAUUACUGCAAGUAUGAUAACCAGUUCUUGCAGCUAUUCACAUCUUCUCUUUACCUAGCCGCCCUAGUGGCCAGCUUCUUGGCUUCAGCCGUAUGUUCCAAACUCGGAAGGAAGCCCACUAUGCAGUUUGCUUCUAUCUUCUUCUUGAUCGGUGUCGGGCUAACCGCAGGAGCCGUUAACAUCUUUAUGUUGAUCGUUGGAAGAAUCUUGCUUGGCUUCGGCGUCGGCUUUGGCAAUCAAGCAGUGCCGCUUUUCCUGUCCGAGAUUGCUCCGGCUCAGCUCAGGGGAGGACUCAACAUUGUAUUCCAACUCAUGGUCACUAUUGGAAUCUUUAUCGCUAACCUUGUUAAUUACUUCACUGCCACGGUUCACCCUAACGGAUGGCGUAUUGCUCUCGGUGGAGCCGCGGUACCCGCGAUUAUCCUCCUCUUUGGCUCAUUGAUCAUCUGCGAGACUCCUACGAGCCUCAUAGAGCGCAACAAGAACGAAGAAGGCAAAGAAGCCCUAAGGAAGAUAAGAGGAGUUGAAGAUAUAAAUGAGGAGUAUGAAUCUAUCGUUCAUGCCUGCAACAUCUCGAAUCAAGUCAAGGACCCUUACAGGAAACUGUUGAAGCCAGCGAGUCGCCCACCUUUCAUCAUUGGAAUGCUUUUACAGCUCUUCCAGCAGUUUACAGGAAUCAAUGCCAUUAUGUUCUACGCACCGGUCUUGUUCCAGACCGUUGGCUUUGGAAGCGAUGCAGCUCUUCUCUCUGCGGUUAUAACCGGAGUAAUCAAUGUUCUCAGUACAUUCGUCGGGAUUUACCUCGUCGAUAGAACAGGACGGAGAUUCCUUCUUCUCCAAUCUUCCGUUCACAUGCUCAUUUGCCAGUUGAUCAUUGGAAUCAUCCUAGCGAAAGACUUGGGCACCACGGGAACACUCGGGAAGCCACAAGCCUUAGUGGUUGUGAUAUUUGUGUGCGUUUAUGUGAUGGGUUUCGCUUGGUCAUGGGGACCUUUAGGGUGGCUAAUUCCUAGUGAGACGUUUCCUCUGGAAACUCGAACUGCAGGAUUCGCUGUUGCGGUCUCGUGCAACAUGUUCUUCACGUUUGUGAUCGCGCAGGCUUUCUUGUCGAUGCUUUGCGGGAUGAGAUCGGGGAUAUUCUUCUUCUUCAGUGCUUGGAUCAUUGUGAUGGGACUGUUUGCGAUGUUCUUCAUACCGGAGACUAAAGGAGUCGCUAUUGAUGACAUGAGGGAGAGAGUGUGGAAGCCACAUUGGUUCUGGAAGAGGUAUAUGCUUGCUGAGGAUGAUCAUCAAGACUUGGAGAAGAGAACUUAA